GGAGUCGUGGCGGGAGGUUCAGGAACGGGCGACAAACGGAAAACGAAUGAAAAAUCAUCGUCAAAAACAAGUUCAUGGUUAAAAACUAAUUUUUAUCUGCGUGCACGAUGUACUGCACCAAAAUUCGUUCAUAACCUAACCCUGCACCCGAGAGUGAAUCUCUGCCCAGGGGCUAGUUCUGCUUUUCAAAACAAACCGUUCGACUCUCGUCCUCGGCCAAAAUAAGAAAACAAAUAACAGAACUUAACGUUCCGAUACAGCCACUACUGCUUUCUUUCAUUUAAAUAUGGUAAGUGAGUGCAAGGUUCCUGGCCAUCGAGUGACGAACAGUGCAGACUAAAGCUUCAUACUGGUCCAACUCAAUGUGGAGCUCAAAGUUGCAGUUCCCAUCUAAUUCUUCAGCUCAGCAUAAGGUAGAUACGACACAUAUUGGCUGGAGCCAUGGGGCCCCGCCUGCUUCACCUCACCCCAUACCAAUUCAGGAAGAUGGAACAUUGGAACUGGAUUUAGCGAAGCACACUCAGUUUGAAAGAGUCGCUUCUGUUCCUCUGCAGUACAAUGCACUGUCUUAUUCUAGAGAGGCAUCUCAAAAUAAUACUGACACUGCCAAACAAGAACCUGUUCGUGUGUAUGUCAAUCAACAAGGACACACUGUAAAACUAGCUCAACUGCCAGACCCUCCCUCAUCUUAUCCAAUUUUGCCAAGAGCCCCUAAACAUCGUAGCAAUGAAACUAACAAGGUAGAGAGUGGAGAGGAAAACCAUUUCUCUAAAAGGAAGAGAUAUGAGAAGGGCCUCAAUAAUAAACAGGAAGGAAUAGGCAUGGCAGGUAGCUCUGUCUUUGGAAACUCUGAAGCUUCCUCCACUUCGACCGCAGUUAAUGGAUUAAGGAAACCAGACAAAAAUAGGAUCAAAGGCAGUCUGGCCUCUCUUAAAUCAAAUAGUGUAAAUUUUAAAUCGCAGAAAUUAAAACCCAACUCCCAGUCUAGUCAAAACCAUAUUGCGACAGAGAAUUCUGAUUCAAAAAAUGCUGACGAAUUUGUGCAGUUACCCAAGGAAUCAGGAAGAGUGAACCAUCCCUCUCAUGUCAAGGAAGAAUUGCACAGCGGCUUGAAGAAAAUUAUGGCAGAUCUUGCGGGUUUAGACAUUCCAACUCUACAAAGGAUCUCCAAAGAAGAAAUUGACAAUAAUGAAAACAGCAAAGAAAAUGAUUCUCCUGUUGAACAGAGUCACAUCACCCACAGUGAACGUGAUGGUUCCUCUAUUUCUAAAGGAACGUGGUCUAAAAGACCCCUUCCCUCCUCAAGACUUAUGAAGGAGUCAUCAAAUGAUGCAGCCAAUAUUUUAAAAAAUAGUAAAUAUGAUUCCAAGAAAAGCAGUACAUCAAGUAUUAACAGUGUCCAUAGAACAUCCUAUAGUUUGGAUUUUGAAGAUAAUCGACCUUUAAAGCCUCCUAUCAAGUCAAGGAGCUAUGAUCCUGAAAAAGCGAGAGAAUAUAUACGUCAACAAAAGCAGGAGAGAUUGAACCGACUGAGGGAAGAACGAGAGCGCCAACGAGCUGACCUCUUGGCUCGAAAACAAAAGCUUGAUGAGCUGAGCAAAACUUCAUUGAAACUUGUUAAGGCCAGCAUAAAACGGAAACCAAACCAAGGCAAUCUCAAUGUAAAUGAAGAUCAAGUAAUGGAGCCAGGAAGAGAUAUUAACAUUAUUGAUAAUAAAUUAACAGGUAUGGGUGUUGAGGCCCCUCAUAUUCCUGUCCAAAAUGCAUCUUCAAAUAGGUUUUCUGAGAAUUUUCAUCAAAACUUACCUGAACAAUUUUCUGUCUCAAAUGUACCACCCCCCUUGGAUGAUUCAAAUGCUCAGCUUAUUAAUGACAUAUGUGAGAUGAAGACGAGAAUUGAAGCGAUGGCCAAGUCCUUAAAAACAACUAUUAUAUCCAAUCGUGCUAAAUCUGGUAAAUCUUCUAGUACAAGACUCGAGUCAGUUAAAGCUGAUUCUGCUCCACUGCAGUCACAACCUCUAUCAAGCAAAAGAAUUGAAGGUGUGUCAUCUGAUGUGACUGACUCAUAUGUAACCAAACGUCCUUCUGCAAGUAACACCAAUCACCUUUCUACUGUGACCAAUGGAUACAAACGGCUGGUCCCUGACCAUGAUGGCCUGGAGGAACCAAAUAUUAACUCUCCAUAUCUUCAAAAUCUCACAUCAAAUUUGCGGAAAAUGAGAGAAUCACUACAGAUCUUAUUGUCACAAAAUGAAGUAGCCUCUUCAGCAUCCUCUGAAAGAACAAGAGUAAAUCGACCACACCCUCCCAGGCAUCGGCGGUUUUCAAGUGCUGGCUCAAAUACAGCCUUUGAAGCUUUGAAAAUUGAAGCUGGUAAAACCAGAGUUCAAUCUCUGGAGAGACACAUUUCAAAUGGCCUUGAAAAGAAACAGAUAGCUACAAGUUUCCCAACUCUUCCUUUAGCUGAAGCCCAAAAUAUCAACUUUGAGAGGAGACGAUAUUUGAGUACAAGUUCUGAAACUGGUGCAUAUGAGACAAAUAUUAAGGAAACAAGAAGUGGGACUUUAAUACAUUCAACACCGGCUGCCAAAGUUCCAAAAGAGACCUUGUUCGCUGAAGGAAAUGGGCAAACAUCACACACUAGUCCAGAGGAUCAUUGCUCAGAUUGGCUUGAGCCUUUUGCCUCUAAGCCCUAUCCAAUCAAUUUUAUUUCGGCUGUUAAGCGGAAAAUGAGUGGCUCUGUUAAAGUUGAUGAAUUGUUAGAACCUGUCACUUCUGUUCUACUUGAACCCAAAGGAAGUGCAGUUGAGCAAGAGUCUGGGAAUGGCCAGUCUUCCUCUAAAUACCCUGCCUUGGAUCUUCCAUCCGAUUUGCCGCCCUUCAUUACUGUGAGAGGCACCACUGAGCCAGGACAGGGCUCUGGAGUUUGGUCAAAGGCUGGACUCUUCCCCCAAAAUUUACUAGAGACUGUUGACCAAAACUCCUUCAAAUCAGGAAGAAACCACUUUGACAAGAAGAUGAGCAGAAAUGCAGUCUCAUUGAAGUCUCCAAUGUUGGAUGCUCUCAAUUUGGAAGAAAUGCAAGCUGAGUUUGCACGAGCUCUGAAUCCUAUGAGUAUUAACAGUAAUGACAUCACUCCAGCGGAAAAGCCUUUGUCUGCUCCAAAUACUCCUGCUAAGACUUCUUUGAAACUAGUGAGACCAACCUCAUUUGGGAAUAAAGGAAAACUCAAUUUUGACAACAAACCUGCGUUGGAGGAGGAAGAAUCCAUUAUCAGGUUCGAAGAAGACAAUGCUGAAAAACUGAACGGGUUGAAUGAAUCUAAUUUAAAAACAUCUGCUCCCAAUGGUGUUCCAAGCAGUACACUUGUACCUCCAAAUGUAAAUUUAGCCACAGGGCGAAAGGACCGAAACCCAGGAAAUGUUGAUAGUUGGGUUACUCAUGCACGUGGCAGUGCCAAUGUUGCUGACAAUCAAGUGGAUGAAAUCUCGUCUUCUUUGCAACAAUCUUCUUCAUCAAAAAGUACUUUUGAAAUUGGGCAAGUUUUCAAUCCAACUGCUUUGCACCUCCAGUUUCAAGCUGAGCUGAAUAUACUUGAUUCAUUUAACGAAUCUCUGUGUCAAGUGAUGGAAGUUGAAAAGGUUCGCGCAGUUGCCAUGGCUCGCCAUCAGGCUUUGUCGGAACAUCAAAGUGCUCCUGUACCAACUGAGGACAAAAGCAUUGAUGUUCAGAGAAGCCUUUUGAAACCUAGUCCUGAAAUUUCAACUAUAAAUUACCAGCGUGGUUCUGGAGAUCCUAGUGACAUUACACUGCUUGAUGCCGAUACAAUCAAUGGAGCUGAUGUGAAAUCGUUGAAUGAGAGCGUGCCAUUUGCUCCUUCCUUAAAAGAUGGGCAUUCAUUGGCAUCAUCUACUAAUGCUUCAGAAUCAUUGGGGUCAUUUGUGAAAGAUAAGAUUUCAGAAUCUGGUCCUUCACAAAGUGCAAACAAUGAAAAGGCCUCUCCAGUUGAACAUUCAGGUCAUUCGGCCGAGAAGAGCGUUUCUGAGGAUAUUUAUACUAUGUCUGAUUCGGUGCCUGAUGAGACUUCCCCAAAACUGAAUGAUGUCACUUCGAACACUAGUAGGGAAGAUAAACCAAGUGAAGAGUUAGAUGAGCUAUUGAGUGCCUCCAAAGUGACACAGGAUAUUGAAAAAUUAGAUAAGGCUGAUGGAUCUCUUUCUGUUGAUUUUUCUCUCAACUCUAUUAAAGCUGACUCCAGUUUUACAGGAGAUGAUGCCCUUGUUAUUGACUCGCUUCAGUCCCAUGAACACCGUCUUUUCCCAACCCUGAUUACUGGGGAGGAUAUGUUCCAAUUUAACUUGCAAAUGUUGGAACAACUAAUGCAUGAAGAAGAACUUCGAGUGCAGCAUAGAAACACAUUAUUUAAAUUGAGAGUCAAAGUUCUAGGUGAAAUGGCUAGAACCGAAGUAGCAGCCCUCGAUCUAGACAAGAAGAAACUUAGAGAAAAGGGGGAAGAUGGCCACAAAGAUCAAAUGACUGCUCUUCGAAAGAAACAAAGAGGGGUAAUGCUCAGGUUUCAACAGCAGCGGGAAGAACUGGAAAGGGUUCGGCGAACAGAAGAAUUGGCAUGGCAAGAAAGGCGUCUCAUGUACCUCCAACAAAUGCAUUUGAUUCGAAUGCAAAUUUCCACUCAAGUAAUGCUCCACAAAUUUGAAAAGGGUUGCAGCAACAUACCAAAGAAAAGUAAAGUUGUUGUAAAGACUAUUCCGGAUGUCAAAGUUGGGAAAAGUGCUGUGAAAAGUACAGUCCCUGAACAGAACCUCAUCCCCACGGAGACACCAAUUGGAUUAGGCGUAACACAAUCCAGUUCUGUCUCCAUGGCUUCUCUUGCCAGUGACGGAUCUAAAUCGUCUGCAGUGAGCAAUUCCAGCCACCGAGCUACUGGUGGUGUGGGCAGCAAUGGCAGUGCUACUGGAGUGGGAGGUGCAGGGGACAAUGGAGCAGGUGGUGCAGGCGACAGUGAAUCCUCUCAUCUCGAGGACAGAGUAUUAAAGGGAUUGAGUGAACUUCAAAGCCGCUGCAGGAAUUUGAAAGAGAGAGAAAAAGUACUUCAUGAAAGAAAGCAAUCUGUUGAACAAAUUAUUCAGUGGAGAAGAAAAUUGGAAGAUGAAGAAAGGAGACUCAGGGAUGUUGAGAGACAGGCACAUUCGAGGCACCGAUCCACAUUGACAAAACAUGUGCUCAGAGAUCGGAGCACAUCACCUUUCCAGUUUGUGGAGAAUGGUUCCUCAGGAACCACGACAAAUGUCAAUGGAAGCAAUGGCAGGAGUAUUUCUGAAAUUUCUCGCAGUGGCCGGAAUACUGAUGUUAAUACAGCCACCAGUGCAAGUGGGAGUGCUAGCAUCACGGAAGAGAUAGACUCCAGCAUUCCAGAAGAAAUAGGAGAUGCAAACAGUAAACCAAGUGGUGACUCAACUUUAGAUGGAACCAACUUGGAACAGUAUGCCAAUGAAAGUUUUGAAUUAGAGGUGUCAGAUGUAAAGACUAUGGAAUCUCAAACAACAUUACAAAAUGGUGCACAGUCUGGUAGUCAGAAGGAGCAAGUUCAGCCACCCCUUAAAAUUGAUUCCGACAGUGAAGCCCGUUUUCCCAGAAUGUCUGAGCGCUCUAAUAAAUAUCCUGGUGUUACCAUAAAGGUUCCUCUUUCUCCACGUCUUCAGAGAGUGCAACGAAGGAGGUACUCUAGUGGGUCAGAUGACUCCAUGGUAUUGUCUCAAACAGAAACUGGUUCCGAGCAAAGUGACAUCGAAGGAAGAAUAUCUGCCCUCUCAGAACAGCUGCAUCAAUGCAAAGCAGAAGCAGAGAGGCUCAGGAGGGAAGCAAAACGGACACGCAAUGAACGCUUGAUUGCCAAAGAGCAAUCUCUUCAUAAACAAUUGCAGGCUUACGAGUCCUACAUUUCCCAGUUGCGACACAAUCUGGAGGCAGAGUUGAAGCAGUCAAGUGUGCCGAUUGUACGGCCACAAAUAAAACAACCUAGAGUGGCCCCAGGCAAAGUGGCAUCAAGGCGACCUUGUCAAGAUGCUGACCCACCCUCUACUCCUGGAGCGGAUCGCUCGUUACCUUUGCCAACAAGUCCCGAAACAGCAAGUGUCAGUCUCAGAAGAGAUUUUAGUGAAACAGAGUUCAAAGAAGUCAGUGAGGGAAUCAGCACAGUGGUCAGUGAAGCCCCGAGUGAGGUUGCAAGCGAGGCUACGAGUGAAGUGCCCAGUGAAGUACCAAGCGAAGUUCCUAGUGAAGUGCCCAGUGAAGUACCUAGUGAUGUUGCAAGUGAAUCUGCCAGUGAAGCAUCAGAAAACAGCAGUUUGGUUUCACAAGAUGCCCCUAGCUUGGUUGCAAAUAGGGAAGUUAAAGAAGAGCCACAAAUUGAAGACGAUUCCACAUCAAAUAAAGAAGAAGGUACGAUGGAGGCCAUAAGUGACGGAAGUGAGUCUGGACUCAAAAUGGAAGGAGAUGUUGACAACAGCCAUACAGCUGAAGACCUAUCCCCUGUUCCUAAAGAGAAAUCUGAAACUCAGUCUCCUCAUCAGGAACAACUGGGAAAUAAAUUCCUGGAUUCUAUCAUAGUGAAGGAAGUUGAGGUAACUUCUAAAGAUUCCAAAGGAGUAAGUGCCUCAAAUACAGAUAUCGUUGCCUCAGCACACGCUUUUGAAGAAGCUGUAGACAACAAUGGUGAUGCCACUCUGUCUGUGGAGCAAAUGAAGAGUAUUUCAAGUGAAGAACAGGAUGAUGUCAGUGAAAUUAUUGAAGAAGACCAAGGCCCUGCAGCAGACAAUGAAUCUGAGUCUGAUGUGAUCCGAGUAUUUAUGAAAGAGAAGGAAAAAGAGAGCCAUGAUAUGAUCUCCGUUAAAAGCGAUACUACUCGCCAAUCAUUGGAUACAGAUAAUAACCGCCAGUCUCUUGUGGACUCUGUUACAAAUGAUAUAAUGAAGAGUCUUUUAAAUGAAUGUUUGCGUUCAGCGGUUCCCACCCACACUCCUACCCAGGAUGCAAUGUGGAAUGAAGUUUUAAAUACCUCUCUUGAUGAAGCCACUGUUGACAUUAUGAGUAUUUACAAGAAAAGGCUUAACUCCACUUCAAAUCAGUCAAAAGAUGUGAGAAAAAGAGUGAAUGAAAUCUUGGCUGAGACUCAGACCCCUACCAAACUGCGCACAGAGGGCCAUAUCAAGGAAAUGAUGACAACCACCUAUGGUGUUUUGUCUCCUGAUGACUCCCCCUGUGUUUCACCUAGUCCAUCAAGCUCGCCAGUGCAACAAUUACCUGACAGUUCUACUAAUGAAGAUGCAGAUACAACAUAUAAUAAGAUGGCUGAAACAAGUGCAAUGAAAAGCAAUGUUGGAGAGGCUAGUGAUGCACCUAUGGGCUUGAUGGGAGAAAAUGCUUUGGAUAGUGAGGGCUGCUCUCAAGAAUGGUUCGAUGAAGACUUUGGUUUGACUCGCUCAAGAAGGGAAGCAGAAGAACUACGCAAGCAACAGCUUCAAAUUGAACAAGAGAUUGAACAGCUCCAACAGCAGCAAGCUCAAGUGCAGGAACAGAUUCCCUAUUAUUAUGUUCGGGAAAUCCCGAACAAACCUCCUCCACCAUACACUCCACCUGGGCAAGCACCUCGCGUUCUCUCUUCAUCUAGCUCUCUUGCAACCCAUGUGGAAGAACUUUGUGCAGUGUGCACUGAUCGACCAAUCAUAUUGAAGGCCAUUUCCACUGCUGUGGAUUUGUUGUAUGAUGCUCGUUCUCAGGGAUUGGACAUUCUGAGUCUUGAAGCUCCCUCCUCAUUUGAAGAAGUAGGAUUUGGGCUUCCUAGUCCUUCCCAUCUUUCAGAAGAGGAGCUGACAGUUCACCGGAAUAAUGCGAAGGUUUAUAGAAUGUUUCUGUUUGAUCUGGCCAAAGAACUAGUUGUGAAUGCUUACAGCUGUGAGGCUGACGAUCCCAGCCCUCCUUGGCUGCGCCCUGACAAUGUAGUUCGCCGUCGGAGGGCUCUCACAGUUGUUCCUAAGACCAAGGAAAUGCUGCAUGAAGUUGUGUCCAAACAAGUAUUAGUUCUCUUUGGAUUUGUACCAAAGGCAAGCAAAGAGAACCUCACCAUCAGAUGGAGCAGAAAGAAGAGGGAUCACGUUGAUGAAUUGCUGGUCCGGGAGUCACAGGAGGAAGAGCGUCAGUGGACGAAUUAUGAACAGGAUGAAGCUGUUGUAAAGAAUAAUGUAGCCAUGGCCAUUUUAGAUUCACUUCUUGAUGAUACUGUGCAAGUCUUAGGUGAUGUGUUUAGAAGACGAGAGCAGAGACAGCACUGUACUGUAUAUUAAAUUGUUAAGAUUAAAUCAUUGUAUGUGCCCUCAAUUAGUGCAUGAAAGAUAAUAAUUUGAUCAACUGAUGUGAAACUUAGAAGUAUGUUUUUUGUAAGAUAGUUGACCUCUCUCAUGUUGUCAUUGGCUUCUGCAUGUGGGUACACAGUCAUAUUUGGAGUAGGUAGCAUUUAAUGUAAGUAUGUUUGUAAAAUUGCAUCUUAUGUAAGAUUUAACUGAUAUGGCAUGGCAUGUUGGAAUGAGAGUAAAGUUAUUAUAGUACAUACUGUGUAUUUCAAGAUUCUUUAAUGGAUUGUAAACUUUUGACAUUUGUUUGCCCCAUUUAUUUGUAUUUAUUUUAUGGAAUUUUCUGAUGUGUACCCUUUUUGUUAUGCCUGUUUGGUAUCCAAGUGCCUAUUCAUCUCAGAAAAUUUGAAGACUUUGAUGUUGAACAUUUCAACAGCAAAAUUCUUUUCUUAUAAACAAAAAAACCACAACAAAAAAAGAAAGUCUGUGAUUAUGUAAGAGGCUGAAAAUUACUGUCAUCUUUAUCAUUCUUGAUGAUUAUGAAUUAUAGCUACUGUAGUACAAAAUGUCGAAGUGUUUGUAACAGUUGCAUUAGAAACCAGUUAUCUAUGGCUAAUAUAAAGUGCCAUAGGAUUUAAGAUACCUUUUUCCUUUUCUUUUUCAUUUUUAGGAAACUUUCUGAAAUUUACAUUGAACAAAGUUUUAAACAUAACAUUUGUAAAUGCUUGUGUUCAGUGUUCAUGUUUCCCUCUUAAAAGUAUUGUACUUUUGUCCUUUUUAUUAUUGCCUGAUAACAGGUAGAAUCAUGCUGCAUUUUAUAUUUCAAGACAAAAUUUUAGUGUUGUUUUGGCAGUCUGCCUAAAUAGGCCACUUUGCCUUGACCUCAUCCAUUCAAUAGAACCAGUCCACAUUCAUUUAUGUGGGCUCUGGAGUGCUCCCUGUAUUAAUUAGUUGUAGACCUUUUUUGACUGCCCAGCCGGGGAUUUUAUUCUAAAUUGUGUUCACUAAUGGACUGGACAACUGAUAUCUAACCAACCCAUUGACUUCAUAUUAUUGCAUCUGUGCACAAGUUUAAGUGUUAUUCGAAGGAAAAUUUUAUGUUUCCUUCAAUAUGACCAGUUCUCCUAUUUUAUUAUACACAACCUGCUCAAUCCUCAUAUUGGGGUGAUAUAUCUCUUGUAUUUUAAAUCUAGUGAUUUUACAAUUUCUCCUAUGUUGAUUUUUUUUUGUGUGAGUGUGUGGGUAUCUGGGUUUGCUCAUGAAGUCGAGUCAUUUGUAGUAAGGUAUUUGUCUGUAAGAUGAGCAGUGCCAUGUGGCUUGCCAUGGAGCAUGUACAGUUGCAAAAUGUGGCCAUGCAGUGUGCAAUACCUCAUUCUCAGUCAGAUUUGAAUGUGAUAGUCUAUCUUCUGACUACUUAACUAAUUUAAAAUUACUUAGUGCAGUAUUUAAUUUUCCUUUUGAGUGCAGUUGUUACUUCGACCACUCUACUGUUUGAGCAUGUGCAACAAUUAAUCAGAAACGUUAAACUGACAGCUAUAUUCUUUGAUGAACUGAGAAGCUUUAUGAUAUGUGACUGAUUUCUGUGCAGAAAUUUUCAGCUUCCUUUCCAAAGGCCUGUAUGUUUUACUUAAAACGUCUUGGAAGUAUCUUCAUCUUUCAUUCUUGGUGCUUUAGCAGAUUAUCUAUGACUGAUAUUCUUGAAUCUGCUAUUGUGAAAUUUUGUGUUAUUUUUGUCUGAUGUGGAAGUUUCAAUAAAAGAUUUUGCCCCGCAAAAUGUUUUA